AUGCCACAGAUUAUAGGACACAGGGCCUACAGAGGCAAGUACCCAGAAAACACGCUGCUGGCGUAUGACAAGGCGUACGAGGCCGGCGUCGACAUGAUCGAGACGGAUAUCCAGAUGUCGGACGACGGCGUCGUGGUGAUUAAUCAUGACAUGGACACAGGCCGUAUGUACGACCGCAGCAUGUCUAUCGCGGACACCGAGUGGCGCAAGCUGCAGAAACUGCGCCUUGCAAGCCACCCGGAUAUCGGAAUGCUAUCGUUGCGUGAUGCGCUCCUGUGGCUCAUGAAGCACGACAAUGUCAAGCUGCUGCUGGACGUCAAGGCGACCAACAAAAGACUCAUCCUAGUGCGCGCUGUCGACGAGAUGCUGUCUCUCGUUGACGACCUCGACUACUGGCGUUCGCGUAUCCUGUUCGGGCUGUGGCAGCUGGACUGGUUCGAGUAUGGCGUCUCCACCACCAUCCUCCGUGGCUUCCCCCUAGUGUACAUCGGCCUGUCGCUUGACCAGGCUGCCGAGUUCCUCGACUACUCCGAGACUCUAGCGCACCCGGACUACCGCCUGCACGCCGUCAGCCUGCAUCAUGUCGCCACAUGGGCUCCGGAGUUCCACGCCGAGUGGCAGCGCUUCCAGCGCAGCGGCAUCCAGCUCUUUCUCUGGACCGUCAACAGCGCGCUGGACACCAAGUACCUGGCCCACGUGCCCGUCGCCGGUGUCGUCACUGACGUCCCCGUCGACAUGUCCCACGACACCAAGAAGUGGCCGCGCAAGGACUCACCGCUGACUCCCCCAAGCAUCAUGACCCGCGAGGGUCUCAGGUUCCACUUCUUCCUGGCCGUCUACAGAGUCGCUCGCGCUCUGACCACCUCUUCCUGGGCCAAACGUCCGAUUUUCGGGCCCUAUUCUGUUAACUUGAUCUGUAUCAUAUUACUGCGUCGCAUACACUUCAUCUAG